GGGGAGCACUGGUUUAGGAAAAUAAGGUUUUUUUUAAAUGUAUUUUUUUUUAAUUAAUUACAUGUGUCAAAUGGUGAAAUUACACAUGUCAUUUUUUGAUUGGUUCAUUUGUCAUGUCAUCAGCAAGUGCAACUCACGCAUAUGGCCUGCUGUACACGGGUGUUUAUUUGACCUACUUAAUAGCCACUUGAAGUGUUUAACUGGAAAUAGUCUCGAUUGAGGUGUUCAACUGACCGUUGUGAACAACUUGGAGGGGCCGUUUAUGUAUUUCGCCUUUAUUAUAAGCAUGUUGGUUGCUUUUUAUGAUAGGCGUUUGUUUGUGGAAUUAUUUUUCCCUCAAGCUCAACCUUCCUUUUUAAGUCGUUAUCUUCAUCUGUAUAGUGAGUGAAUCUUAAUAUUUUUGCUAAAAGAAUUCAAAAACUACAAUUGUCCAAGUACAAUUUAAUUGGACUUCACAAAUUCCUUUCAAUUAUAUUUUUAAUAGUAAAGUAUUUAAAACACCAUGUUCAGAUCAUCAGAUGUAACCAAAACUCCAAUAAUUUAUCCUUGAUUUUGUCUGUUGACAAAUUAGAACGUGAACGGAAAUGGAAAUGAUCAGACAUUUUCUCUUUGAUCAAGAGGUGAUCAGGUCGGAUGAAAAUGAUAUAAGUAGGGCUAAAUGGGUCGUAUGUCUGAACUGUCAACAGCUGGUUUUAGCAAAUACUAUAAGCCAUUGCAUUUUCUUUAAAAUGCAGCAUGUGCUAAUUCAUUUUUUGACUUUCACGCCUUAAUUGGUGGGUCAAAUAGAUGUGACCCUUCUAGUUUAAUACUAAUUUCUUUCUUGUUUACUUUUUGCUAAAAGAUUAAUAUCUACCUUAAAAAAAAUUACUACUAGUUUUUUGGUGUACGUUUGGAGCAUCAUCAAACUAAUAAGAUGACCUUUGACCUUAGGAAAAUAAUUAGUCACUUACAAACUGUAGAACUGAUAACAGAGUGUUGAAGAUCAUAUUAAUUUUCUAGGCAAAAAACGUGACCAACAGUUCAUUUAAAAUAGUGAAGAAUGCCCCAUUAAGCAGCAUAUUCCCGAGUUGGAUUAGGUCAACUUCAACAUCAUCACUUUGUAUUCACAUUAUAACGAAAACGACAUGUUACUUGCAAGCUAAAGUUGCCCUAAAAGUAGUAAACAAUCCAACAAAGCAUUCUUUUUGCUUUAAUAGAAUGAUCCAAAUUCCUAUCUUUUGAAGAAAAGUAGAACACAAGCCAAAGAUCAAAAUGGUUGCAGUAUUCAACAAAGAUCUUUUGAGUUGGUACCUCAUUACCCUCAAACUCAAAGAAACAGUUGAUGCUGGUCUUCAAAAUGCUCCUACUCCUACCACCAGCAGAGCCAUUGAAUUUCCAGAACUGCCCCUACAACAACAACAGCAACUACCCCUGUUGCAUAAAGAACAACAUCAGCCAUCUGAGCCUUUGAAAGUCACAAUUGAGGAAAAUGCACCUGUUGUGGACGAGGGUCCUAAAUCACCAGAAUCGGAAUGGGUAAUUAGCAUUAAGGAGAAAUUAGAACAAGCUAAACAGGAUAAUGAUGCUGGAUCAUGGGCUAAACUAUCAAUAUACAGAGUCCCCUUAAGCUUGCGCAAAGAUGAUGAUAAAGCUUACAUUCCUCAAAUUGUUUCUCUUGGUCCUUAUCACCAUGGCAAAAGACGCCUACGCAAUAUGGAUCGUCAUAAAUGGCGAGCCGUUUACCAUAUCCUCAAGCGGACAAAUCAAGAAAUUAAACUGUAUUUUGAUGCAGUAAGAGAACUAGAAGAGAAAGCACGCGCUUGUUAUGAAGGGAAUAUUACAAUGAGCAGCAAUGAGUUUGUUGAAAUGAUGGUUCUUGACACUUGUUUUGUUCUUGAGCUGUUUCGUGGAGUUGCUGGUGGAUUCACGCAUUUUGGUUAUGCCAGGAAUGAUCCGAUUUUCGCCAUGCGCGGAUCGAUGCAUUCCAUACAGAGAGAUAUGAUCAUGAUUGAGAAUCAAAUUCCAUUAUUUAUACUUGAUCGGUUGUAUGGGAUUCAAUCUGAAAUGCCUGAUGAGAAAGGUGUUGUAGCAAGGUUAGCUCUAAGGUUCUUUGAUCCAUUGAUGCCAACUGAUGAGCCAUUGACACAGAGUGACUUGAAUAAAUUCAAGUCAUCAAUCGGACGUUCUGCUUCUUUUGAUCCUUUGGGAGACCUUGGUGGACUUCAUUGCCUUGAUGUUUUCAGGAGGAGCCUUUUGCAGACAGGGCCUAAGCCAACACCCAGGACGUGGAUCAAGCGUUGGUCGCAUUCGAAUCGGGUGGCAGACAAACGGAGGCAGCAAUUGAUUCAUUGUGUUUCAGAGCUGAAAGACGCUGGAGUUAAGUUCAAGAAAAGGAAGACUGAUCGGUUCUGGGAUGUAAAAUUUCAGAAUGGAAUCCUUAAAAUGCCUCGGCUUUUAAUCCAUGAUGGUACAAAGUCACUUUUCCUCAACCUGAUUGCUUUCGAGCAGUGCCAUCUUGACUGCACCAAUGACAUAACUUCGUACGUAAUCUUCUUGGACAACUUGAUUGAUUCGCCAGAGGAUGUUAGUUACCUCCAUUAUUGUGGAAUAAUUGAGCAUUGGCUUGGUAAUGACGCGGAAGUUGCUGACCUCUUCAAUCGGCUUUGUCAAGAGGUUGUUUUCGACAUCAAUGACAGUUACCUUUCACAGUUAUCUGACCAAAUUAACAGGUACUAUGACCAUAGGUGGAAUGCUUGGCGUGCUACUUUAAGGCACAAGUAUUUCAACAACCCAUGGGCAAUUAUCUCCUUCAUUGCUGCUGUUAUUUUGAUAAUGUUCACCUUUGCACAGACGUUUUAUGGAGUCUAUGGCUACUACAGGCCACCUCAAUAGUUAUUCUUCAAACUGAUUUUUGCUAUUAAUGGACAACAGCUAAUAUACAUUGUAUAUGCCAAUACGCUGGGCACAACCGCCGGUAUUUGGAUUAUUAUUUUCUUUUUUGGUGCUUAAACACUUGGCUGGUCGAUGGAAAACCAGAAAAGUUCUUUCUGUUUUU